GCCCUUGUCGCCCGGCGUCAUCUAUAUUCCCCCGCGUUCCAUCGAUCGUGGUAUCGCCGCGUACGUGGCUCGCGACCACAUGAUGACCGUCAGCUGCAGGCUCGUGGCGGUCGCCGUGGCGCUGGCGCUGGCGGCGGCGCUCCUGUCGUCAUCGCCACUGCACGGCGACGUGCGGGAGGUGGUGGAGAUACGCGACGUGGAGCUGAUCCCCGUGGACGGCGGCGCCGCGGGGCCGGAGAGCGUGGCGUUCGGCGUGGGCGGCGAGGGCCCCUACGCGGGCGUGUCGGACGGGAGGGUCAUCCGGUGGCUCCCGGAGGAGGGCCGCUGGGUCGACCACUCCUCCGCCGCCGCGCCAGAGCUAUUGGAUAGUUGCAGAGGAUCCCAGGACCCGAUGAAGGAGCACGAGUGUGGGCGCCCGCUGGGCCUCAAGUUCAACAAUAAAACUGGGGAGUUGUACGUCGCAGAUUCUUAUUUUGGGCUGAGAGUGGUCAGCCCCGGGGAUAACGUUUCAAGGCUGAUUGGGCCUGGACAGCCUGGGAGCCCCUUCAGCUUCGCCAACGGCGUCGAGAUUGACCAGGAAACUGGAGUUGUCUACUUCACCGAGACCAGCACGAGAUUCCACAGAAGGCAGUUCUUGAACAUUGUCAUAUCCGGUGACGCCACUGGCAGAUUGCUCAAAUAUGACCCUAACACCAAGGAGGUUCAAGUCUUGGUCGACGGCCUGGCAUUCCCCAACGGCCUUCUCAUGAGUGAAGACGGAUCCCACCUUCUCCUCGCCAAGACCACAACUUGCAAGAUCCACCGAUACUGGCUCAAGACACCCAAGGCCUCAACCCUCGAGGAACUCGUGCAACUACCGGGCUUCCCAGACAACAUCAAGGCGAGCCCGAGAGGCGGCUUCUGGGUCGGCCUCCAUGGCAAGCGAGGUAAGAUCGCCGAGUGGUCCACCUCUUUCCCGUGGUUGAGGAGGUUGGUCAUGAAGCUGCCACCCCAACGCGUGCAGCGUGUCAUGGCGUUCCUGAGCCGGUUUGGAAGUCAGGUGAUUGCGUUGAGGGUCAGCAAGGAGGGGAAGGUGUUGGAAGAGGUAAUCGUGCAUGACGCGGCGAGGAAGAUGUUUGGAUCCAUCAGUGAACUGGAGGAAAGGUGUUGGAAAAUUAGACAAGUUCAUGAUUAAUUCCAGUAAAUAAUUCAUGACUAGAAGAGAUACUAACAUGCAAAAAUCUAGCAAACUAGAAGAACAGCAAGACAUGCAUAACAGCAGCAAACACGUAACAGUAGCUAUAGAAACAGACAUGAACAAAGGAUGUUAGACGUACUGAUCGUUAGCUAUUAUGGGUGCGACAGUGUUGAUGACGAUGUUGGCGACGAUCUGCUGCUGACGGCGA